AAUUCGAGUAAAUAGCAUGAACUUACAUGCUGCGCCGCAACAUCCAAACCCCAUCAUGAACUUGUAUGAAUCUCUUUCUUCGCAUAUUCUGUAAUUAGAAAAUAGCUCUUCCUCGGGUUCAAAUUGGUAGAGUCUACCAAUGGCGUCCCUUCUUCCAAUUCUCCUCCUUUUGGCUUUCGCGUGUUGUGUUUCCAGCCUCUACGCAGAAACUAGCCGAAAGGAAUUGAGAAGCAAGUAUGUGAACCAAAAAAGUAUCAUACAAUUGGGCCGUCCAAUUAAGUACAACCGAAUCAACCCAUCACAAGUUGUCCAACUCUCUUGGCGACCAAGGGUCUUCUUAUAUAGAGGUUUUCUAUCAGAAGAGGAGUGUGACCACCUUAUCACUUUGGCAGAGGGCAAGAAGGAGAAUUCUAUGAGGAAUGGUGGUGACUCUGGGAAAGCUAACACUAGUGAGCUGACCACCAAUUCAGAAACCUCUUUGAUUAUGAUUGAUGAUGUUGUGGCGAGAAUUGAGGAAAGGAUUUCAUCUUGGACAUUUCUACCAAAAGAGAACAGCAAGCCUUCUCAGGUUCUGCAUUUUGGGCUUGAAGAUGCCAAAGAGAAGUAUGAUUAUUUUGGUAAUAAAUCAAAUGCAGCACUCAACGAGCCUUUGAUGGCUACCGUCAUUUUAUAUCUUUCAAAUGUCUCACAGGGGGGUCAAAUCCUCUUCCCAGAGUCAGAGUUAGAAAACUCUCACGUGGAGAGCAGGAUAUGGUCCAACUGUAGAAAAAGCAGUUCCGUGCUAAGACCCACUAAAGGGAAUGCAAUACUAUUCUUCAAUACCCAUCUGAAUGCAUCUCCUGACAGGAGUAGCCCCCAUGCAAGAUGCCCUGUCAUUGAGGGGGAGAUGUGGUGUGCCACCAAAUUCUUCCAUGUGAGAGCCGUUAAUAGAGAAAAGGUCCCACUACGAUUGGAAGAUGGUGAUUGCACUGAUGAGGAUGAAAACUGCACCAGGUGGGCUGCUGCAGGGGAGUGUCAAAGAAAUCCCAUCUUCAUGAUUGGUUCUCCUGACUACUACGGAACAUGUAGGAAGAGUUGUAACGCUUGCUAAUGGUAACCUUCCACAACUUUUCCAUUUUCUGCAUUCUUUGUUCCCCUUUUCUUAUUUCAUUUCUCCCUUGUAUUGGAUAAGAGGAAUACAUUACAUUUGUGAGAGAUGAUUUCGCACCAUCAUACGAUAUUUUGUCAUACGCCAACAGGCUUCGAUGGUAAUGCAUGGUGGAGUGAUAAAUUUUUGA